AUGAGUACAGGUGUACCUCAACCAACAGGUUCUAAUGGACAAACAGUAGUAACACCAAGUGAACGACAAGCAUUAAUACAAAAAUUAGCUUCAAAAUGGCCCUUACAAUUAUCAACACGAAUUGAAGAGCAAGCAUUUGAGAAAUCACGUGGCAUUAAGCCUAAUUAUUUAAAAUUUGUGCAAGCUUAUUUUCAACAAAUUCAAACAACAGCAACAGCAACAGCAACAGCAACAACAACAUCAACAGCAACAGCAACAACAACAGCAGCAACAACAUCAACAGCAACAGCAACAACAACAGCAACAGCAGCAACAGCAGCAACAACAGCAACUGCAAAUGAAUCACAAUAUAAGAUUUCCAAACCCACAAACGAAUCUUCUUCAACAACAAUCUAUAUCUGUUAUUAA